AUGUCAGGGGGAUGGAGAAGCUUCGGUGAGGGUGAAAGAGAUUGGAUCAACCUCUGUUCAGUGUCCUAUGCUCAUGUCAACAAACUACACUGUGUGGUCAAUGAGAAUGAAGAAGAACUCAUAAUCCAAAUCGGUGAACAAGAAUCUUCCAAGGGACUUUGGGAAGCAAUCAAAUCAAGGCAUUUGGGGGCUGACCGUGUGAAAGAGGCACGAUUACAGACCUUAAUGUCUGAUUUCGAUCGAUCGAAGAUGACUGAGUUGGAGUCGAUCGACUCUUUCACGGGAAAGCUAUCUGGAAUUGCAUCCAAGGCAGCCGCACUAGGUGAAUCAAUCGAUGAACAAAGGAUGGUGAAGAAAUUAUUGAAAUCACUACCAAGGGCAAAAUUCAUCCACAUCGUCGCAUCAUUAGAACAGGUACUAGAUUUGAAAACCGUUGGCUUUGAAGAUGUAGUAGGGCGGUUAAAGGCGUGUGAAGAACAAAUUAGAGAGGAGGACGACAACGAAGAAGAUCAAAUGAAGGCGCUGUUUACAAAGUCUUCAAGUAGCAGAGGUUCAAGCAAUCGUAGAACACAAGGGAAAGGGACGAAGGAAGUAAAUGGGGCAGGAGGGUCUAAUGGAACGAAUGGAUCAAGUGGAUCUAAGUAUGUAAAUCGGGUCCCGCAAGGUGGCAAGCCCAAUAAAGGAACCAAGUCCAACUCUGAUCGGACCAAUUCCAAUAAUAAUAACCAAAAUAAGAAUAAAACAAAAAAGGAUCGAUCCAAAAUCAUUUGUUAUCGGUGCGAUAAACCAGGCCACUUUGCGUCUCAAUGCCCGGACCAAAUUAAAAAAUUAGAAGAAAGUAAUUUUGCCGAAUAUGACGAUGCCGACGAGACCGUAUUUUUACACGAGACCGUAUUUUUAAACGAAAAAGGUGAUAACGUCCCGAUACGACUCACAAGACAACGAUGUGUGGUACUUGGAUAA